UUUGGCUGUUGCGUCAUGUUAUCAGGAAGAAACGCAUCAGUUUACAGAGAGCGGAGAAGCGGGCUGAGUAAGUAUCUAAAAGUUUGUCAGUGCAUUAUGCCUGAUGAGAUGUCGAGGCCUUUAAUCCGAGGCAGAGGUGAAGGAGGAGGCUCCAGACAUCUUGAAGCCUCCAUGUCUGAAGCUGGCGCUCCAGUGAUUGGCAUUCUGGGUACGGGCGACUUCUCCCGCUCAUUGGCUAGGAGGCUGGUGGCCUCUGGUUACCAAGUAGUGGUGGGGAGUCGAAACCCCAAACGCUCUGCGGCUUUGUUCCCUGAAGAGGCCGAGGUGACCUCCCAGAUGGAGGCAGCCAGCCAGGCAGACCUGGUCUUUGUUGCUGUGUUCCCCGAGCACCACUCCACGCUGGUGGACCUGAAGCCGACACUAGCUGGAAAGAUACUAGUGGAUGUCAGCAAUGGUUUGAGAAUCAACCGAGACGGGCCUUCGAAUGCCGAACAGCUGGCCGACCUGUUUCCAGAGAGUUCUGUAGUCAAAGGGUUUAACACCAUAUCAGCCUGGACACUCCAGAUGGGACCUCGGGAUGGAAGCAGGCAGAUUUUACUGUGCAGUAACAAUAGCAAGGCCAAGACCUCGGUGAUGCAGCUCUGUCGCAGAAUGGGCUUCGUCCCCGUCGAUAUGGGCCUCCUCUCCUCUUCUCUGGAGAUCGAAAACCUCCCCCUCUAUCUAUUCCCCUCCUGGCGCAUCCCAGUCCUCUGCACCCUGUCCCUGUUCAUCUUCUUCUACACGUACAACUUCCUCCGGGACGUCCUGCAGCCCUACGUCACAGCGCAUAAGAGUGUUUUCUACAAAAUGCCCAUCGAGACCGUUAACGUCACUCUUCCCUCCGUGGCCUUGGUGAUGUUGGCACUGGUCUACCUGCCUGGUGUGUGUGCCGCUUUCCUCCAGCUGUGGUCUGGCACCAAGUACAACCGCUUUCCUAAUUGGCUGGACCGGUGGCUAACCAGGAGGAAGCAGCUUGGACUGUGUAGCUUCCUGUGUGCAGUUCUACACGCCAUCUACAGUCUGUGCCUCCCCAUGAGGAAGUCUGCCCGCUUCAAACUGCUCAGCUCUUUUAAACAGGUGAAGGAGGGGGAGGACUUGUGGAUUGAUGAGGAGGUGUGGAGGAUGGAGCUGUACCUCUCAGUGGGCAUCAUGGCCCUCGGGCUGCUCUCUCUGCUGGCUGUCACCUCGCUGCCCUCAGUAGCCAACACUAUCAAUUGGAGGGAGUUCAGCUUCAUACAGUGCACACUGGGUAACUGUGCCCUGUCCAUGGCCACCCUCCACACACUCCUCUUCGGCUGGGACCGUGCCUUUGAUCCGGCCCAGUACCGCUUCUACCUGCCUCCCACCUUCAUACUGGUCCUGAUUCUUCCCCUCACCGUCCUGCUGGGCCGCCUGGCUCUCUGUGUGCCCUGCGUGGCCAGGCGGCUCAGACAGAUCCGCCGCGGCUGGGAAAAGAGCAGACACAUCCGCUUCACCCUGCCGGACGACGACUGCCGCAAUGGGCUGGAGGAUGUCAGUAAUGUUGCUGCAAGUGUAACUGGAAACCCCCGGUGUUAUCUGUCCACUGCGUACAUAGUUGUGACAGAAUCUUGUUUCAACAAAAAUGAAUUGAAGCAAAUCCCAACCCAGAAAAAGGACACUAUUGCUGAACGAGUUGGACAAGCAAGGUGCAGCAACAGCAGCAGCAAGGUGUGUCAGUUUCAACCGGCAGUCAUGAAUGAGUCCUUUGAGCAAGCAGUAGAGGACGUGAAGAUACUGAAACAAAGACCUGGCUAUGGAGUGCUGGGUGAAGUGUAUGGUUUAUAUAAGCAAGCCACAGUCGGCGAUGUUAACAUAGGGCGUCCAGGGAUAUUUGACCUUGCAGGACGAGGAAAAUGGGAUGCAUGGGAACGAAGGAAAGGUCUGUCCAAAGAUGAAGCAAUGGGCGCCUAUGUUAAGUUGGUGGAGGAGCUGAAGAAGGAAUAUGGGUUCUAGAGUCUGUUUCUCACAAAUUAUUUGGUACCGUAGCUUUUUCAACAUCACAUUUCUUACUUGUUCUCAAUAGUAACUCAAAAUUAAAGUCAGAUUUUACAUGCCGCUCCAA